AUGCCGAGCAUAUUUUCCUACCAGAGUGCCGAGGUGGAUUGGUGUGAGGGCAACUUCGAGCGCUCGGCGGUGAUUGCAGAAUACUACAACACCAUCAGCAAUGUGAGCUUCUUUGUGCUGUCUCCUGCACUGCUGUACCUGAACCGGCAGUACUGCCAGAAGAAGGCUGUGCCCCUCUACUUUGUCUCAGGGCUGCUCCUCCUCGUAGGUGUCUUCUCCAUGUACUUCCACAUGACCCUGAGCUACGUGGGACAGCUCCUGGAUGAGCUCUCCAUCCUCUGGUCACUGGCUGUGGCUUAUUCCUUCUGGUACCCACAGGCUUACUUCCCCAAGUGCAUCAAGACCAGGAGACAUUUCUUCUGGCUGACUGGUAUCACCACCGUGAUCAGCACCUUAAUGUCUUUCAUCAAGCCCACCCUCAAUGCCUACGUUCUCAACUGCAUCGCCUUCCACCUGCUGUACCUGACCUGGAAGGAGCUCAAAAAGUGCAAUGACAAGCGGGUUCACCGGAUGGCCGCGGUCAUGGUGAUGUGGUGGGUACUGGCCAUCACCAGCUGGAUCAGUGACCGCUGGCUCUGCUGGCUCUGGCAGGCCAUCAACUUCCCCUACUUCCACAGCUUCUGGCACGUGCUGAUAGCCAUGUCCCUGCUGUACUGCUGCCCGCUGGUCAUGUACUUCGACAUCACCUACGAGAUGCCCUCGUUCAAGCCAAAGCUGGAAUAUUGGCCCAGUGACUCGUGGCCCAUUGUGGUGCCCUACAUCGCUCUGGAGGAGCCCCACAAGCAGUGCUAG